UGUUUAACCCACCAGACGUGCGCCAAUGCUCCGAUCCGCAGAGCUUUGCUCGGUUUAGUGUCAGUUUCGCGUUUUCGAAGCGUGUGAUCACGCAAAAAGUUUGUUUCGUGUGUUUGUGACGCAGUUCAAGCUCGGUUCUAAUUAAUCCAAGAAUUAAAGUUUAAAUAAAAAUCAAUAUUAAACUUGAGAAUAAGCUGCUCCAAAAAUAUUACUGUGAACCCAAAAACCACCAAGCAAAUAUCAGAAAUUAAUCAAAGCAUUUGUUACAACACAAAAACGGCAACGCAUUCGCUUUGAUUCGAUUUGAUUUCGAUUCUCUUCUUUUGGCGGAGAGACACACACGAAAAAAAGUCGGGUAAAGAAAGAGGAAGCAACUACAAAAAAUGUGCCGCUGCUGUCAAAACUGUUGGGAAGAUUUCUAUUGGAACUGCUUUGAGGAGCGCUUCUGCUACGACGAAUCGAUUGCAAACUACAAUCCCGAGGACGACGAGGACUACUUGGCUGCUCAGAAAAAUGGCCAGAUUAUUGGCCGGAUACAACCCGCAUCCGUGGAUAAUAAUAAUUCGCUGACGGUGCCCCAACCGAUUUGCGAUCAGCCUCAAUUGAGGCACGGCAACAACUCGGGUCUGGGCCUGAGCCUAAUGAGCGCCAAGAUCCAUGAGGAGGACUAUCGUCGUGAGACGCAGAUCAAUGUGCCCACAUUGGGACCAGAGAUAUUGGCCGUGUUUGCCAAUUCGCAGAUCUUCCAGGACCAUCAGCCGACCAAGUUGAAUCGCAUCAGCACAAAGACCUACUUGGCCGGGAUACAUUCACCGAAUCGGGAAAUGCCCACAACGCCGCGUCUCAGUGACCAGGAACGCUUGCUGCGACGUCUGGAAGGAGAUGCCAUCGAUUCCAAGACAGUAUCACCUGAGAAGCGAAUCACCUUCACUUUGGCUCCCAGUUCCCCCGAAAGCUCUCCCUCGGGCAGCCAGACCACCCUCAGUCAGAAGUUCGAGGCCAUUGCCGAGGAGGAGAAGGAGGACGACAAGGCCGAUGACCAGCAGGAAGAUGAAACUGUGGAGGAGGUGGUCCUGCGACCUCGUCUUAUCGAUCGACAUCCCCAUUUGUUGGCCAAUCCAAGUGGGCUGACCACCACACCGAAACGUAUCCUGCGUUCCGCCAAGAGUGUCCCUCACAUGAAUGUCCGUUCGGCGGCCAGUGAGACCGAUAUAUUCUCCAUAAGUGGCACUGUGACCGGCAGCAACCAGAUCAGCAUGACACCGGAGGUGCCAUCAAUCUCGUUUAGCAAUCUGCCCAAGAACUACGAGGAUACACCCACCAUUGAGAAGUAUCGAGUGUUCCAGAGUCUGUACUCCAUCCAGACAGCGAAUGCAGCCCGGGCCACUCAAGAUGAUUACUCCAUGCCGCGAUUUCGUCGAUCUGCCAUGCUGAUGACCCAGAGUUCAGAGGUGCUGCCGGGUGCCUUCCUGGCCUCCAUGUCGCCAUCGAUGGCCUCGUCAUGCUCGCCAGGCUCCUCCAAGGAUGAGAUUCGGCGACCCGAGAAGGAGAAGAACAAGCGUCUCCAGAGGUUGCGUGGAAAUCUGCCGCCUUUACUCAUCCAUUCCGUGUCCUUCAAGCGCAAUCGCGACGAUGGCAAGCAGGUGGACUAGCACACCUGUGAAAUACCAUAAAUUUACCUAAUUGUUAAUAUUUUCGUAUACACUUUAAAUGUUUUUAAAUGUCUUAGUAUUAGUCCAUGCGUCCACCCACUCAGUAUUCGGUUGUACUUCAUUUUGCGUUUAUGAUUGAUAUUCCAAACUUAUUGUACUUUUACCCAAAUAAAGUCCUUUAAAAAAAGGGAUAUACAGA